GUGACCGUGACAGCUUCCUGUUACUGUUACUACCAUGUCUUUCACCCAAAUCAGCAACCGUCAUGUAGAACUACGGCACUGACUGUUGUCCUUACGGUUUUACAUUAAAAAAAAGUCCGUUUGUAGGAGCUGCUGAGCCGACAGAGACGAGGAUCCGGGCCGACAUGACCAACAACAGUUUCCAUAGCAAGUUAACCUCCGUCAUGGAGAUGCUGGCCCAGACAGCGGUGCUGGAGAUCAGCAAACUGUGGGAGGACGGCUUCGCCCUGGUCCAGGUCGAGCUGCGCAGGAAGGAAAGCGAAAUUGAAGCGUUGAACAGAAAGCUGAUGUCGAUAGAAAACGAGCGGCUGACGGCUCUUUAUCAAACUAAGAGUAAGCCCUCUUCAUCUUUUUCCAAGAAAGAUCAACAGAACAAGCUGCUGCCGCCUACCGGUGAUGGGCCUCUGUUAGAUUCGGUCCAGGCGUCUUCCUCCGACCAGAGCCACAGAGAUGAGGCAGAAUCUGCAAUCAACGCAACACCAAAACCUGAUCAGAUGAAGGAAAAGCAAAGUGAACAGCUAGAAAUCGACCGCUGUGAAGCUCAGGACAUAGAUGACGAGGACUUGGUUGUUAAACUAGAAGAUGAAGAUGACGUGCAGAUUAUGGAGGAAGUAGGGGAUCCAGAUCACGGCACCAGUGAUGGAGGAGGCCACCAAGGCGUAGAACCGAGCCAACAACCCGCUGAGCCUGAGCACGAGCAGGAGAGCCAGCAGUGGUUGUCUGUUUCUGUGGAAGACAGCGACACGGGAGACGGCACAGACUGCUUCUUUGAACCUAAUCAGUUGCCACAAAAUUUGGAUUCAGAAAUCAUAAUUAUUCAAAAUGCAUUGGACAUUUUUGAUAAUUCAGCAGAGGUGGCAUAUUCUGACAGGUGUGUAAGAGAUAGUGGGACACUGCAAGGCACGUCAAGUAAAUGCAGGGCUCCUGUGACAUUCGGUCAUUCUCAGCCAAGUCAGACCAUGGAGGCUAUGAAUCAAACGGAGAGAGGAACGCCUGUCAGGCUGCUUUCAGAAAAACCGCAAACAAAAAACGUUUCAGCUUUUAACACAAACAGCCGGUUCUUUCUUUUAAAUGAUCCAGAGCUGCACAAAACAAUGUCGGGUCGACGCAUUAAGGAGAAGUGGUACAUUUGCCCGUUCUGCGGUAAAAGCUUUGAUCGCAUCAGCCAUCUGGAGAUUCACCAGCGGAUUCACACAGGAGAGAAACCUUACACGUGCGACAUGUGCGGCAAGAGCUUUUCUCAGAGAAGUAACCUGCGAACCCAUCAGCGGACUCACAAAGAGGCUCUCAUCCAAAAUAAAAUGUAACCCUGGAGACGGAGGAUUGGUGAUGGAAGCUGAAGUGAUCACCAUUUGAGAUCCUGAACUUUAAAAACAAGACUUUGAAAACAUUUUUUUUUAAUAUUUUAAAAUGUUUAAAUAUCUUUUUAAGGAGAUAUGUUAAGUGUAUCUUUCAUUGAAUGAGCUGUGUGUGCCGCAUUCAGCUCUGCCAGCUCCACUUUGUCUUAAACAGGGUCCACCCAUGAGUGACUCAGAAGAUGAAGGACUGCGGGUCGACCAAAAAUUAUAAAAAAUGCUGCAUUGUCAUUAGAAUACCACUUAUGACAGUAAAGGGGGGGUCUAACAAACUUAAAUGCAUUCUAUAUGACCCCACAUUCAUGUUGAGUUUAACUAACGCAGUCAUUUUGUAUUUUAAUACUUUCAAAAAACCACUGUUGCAGACAUAUUUUACUGUUUUUGAUAAACUAUAUCUUGGGCAUUGCUUGGGUGGUAUUCACUAAAAUUUUUACUUCUGUUUGUGUAUCUGCCACUUAAGAGAUUUAUUAAAACAUUUAGAGACUCCAAGCACUGUGGGUAAAUAUUGGUAAUAUUGGCUUCUGCAUAUUAUACAAAUAGGGAAAAAAAUUGAUUAAACUGGAAUUUUCCAAAACUGUGGGUUAGCCUACAGCAAGGACUUUAAUUGUAGAGGAAAAAAAAAUCACAUCCUUUGUCUUAAUCUUAAUUAAAACAGAAUUAAUGAAAAUUAAACAGAAUUUUGACAUCUUUGCAUUCUUCCAUCUUUUGCACAAAUGAUUCCCAGAUACCUGCACACGACAGCAGGACUAUUGAAAAGCAUGCUUUUCUAAAUCCAUUAAUUGCAUUCAGUUAAGGUUUGCUGUUACGGUGUUGGGUAAAUGC